ACAACAAAGGCAGAGUGUGCCUGGGUUUCUCCCUCUCAGCAUCUCCACCCUGCGAGCUGAAAACCGCUUCACAUCUCUAGGGGUCACCGAGCUAUGGAACUUGAUUUUGGACACUUUGACGAAAGAGACAAGGCGUCCAGAAACAUGCGAGGUUCCCGUAUGAAUGGCCUGCCUAGCCCCACUCACAGCGCCCACUGUAGCUUCUACCGAACCAGGACCUUACAAGCGCUGAGCAACGAGAAGAAGGCCAAGAAGGUGCGUUUCUAUCGCAAUGGGGACCGCUACUUCAAGGGGAUUGUGUACGCUGUCUCCGGUGACCGUUUCCGAAGCUUCGACGCCUUGCUCGCUGACCUGACCCGGUCUCUGUCCGAUAACAUUAACCUGCCUCAGGGAGUUCGCUACAUUUACACCAUUGAUGGCAGCCGAAAGAUUGGGAGCAUGGAUGAACUGGAAGAAGGUGAAAGUUACGUGUGUUCCUCAGACAACUUCUUUAAGAAAGUGGAGUAUACGAAGAACGUCAACCCGAACUGGUCUGUCAAUGUGAAAACCUCGGCCAGUGUGAAGGCCCCCCAGUCCCUGGCCAGCAGCAACAGCGCCCAGGCAAGGGAGAACAAGGAUUUUGUGCGUCCCAAGCUGGUGACCAUCAUCCGUAGUGGGGUGAAGCCCAGGAAGGCUGUCCGUGUGCUCCUGAAUAAGAAGACGGCGCAUUCGUUUGAGCAAGUUCUCACCGAUAUCACGGAAGCCAUAAAGCUGGAAACGGGCGUCGUGAAAAAGCUGUACACCCUCGAUGGAAAGCAGGUGACCUGUCUCCACGAUUUCUUCGGGGACGAUGACGUGUUUAUUGCCUGUGGUCCAGAAAAAUUCCGCUAUGCACAGGAUGACUUUUCUCUGGAUGAAAACGAGUGCCGGGUCAUGAAAGCGAACCCUCCAACGACCCCAGGCAGCAAGUCAUCCCCAACACCUCAGAAGAGUUCGGCAAAGAGCCCAGCUCCUAUGCGCCGGAGCAAAUCCCCUGCUGAUUCAGCAAAUGGAACAUCGAGCAGCCAGCUGUCCACACCCAAAUCGAAGCAGUCCCCAAUCUCCACACCUACCAGUCCAGGGAGCCUCCGUAAGCACAAGGACUUAUACCUGCCUCUGUCCUUGGAUGACUCCGAUUCCCUUGGAGACUCCAUGUAAAGAAACCCAGUUCCCUGUGUCCACUGUACACACUCUGUUUUAGAUGCAGUGCCGUACUUCUGCCGAAAGGAGCAGAGAGGUCACUGGUGCUUGCAAACCAACCGAAGGACACACAAAGUUUUGUCUUUUCCCCAUCCUCUCCUAUGAUUUCUCCUCCGUGCCACAAAACCAACACCUAUCAACCAACAGAGAUAAAGGGAUACCAGCCACCUGAGUAACUUCAUAGGAAAGCUAAAUGUCCAUUGAUGGCAAAUUCUGAAGUCAGGGGGUUCACCUUCUCAUGCCUUCCCCACACCUUUCGAUUGUCUCUUCUUUUACUCUGAUGUUGCUGACUUUAUGUUUGGCUGCAGGAGAGGUUGCAAAUUUCCUUUUGCAAGUGUUCCAUUAGCAAAUGCCAUGAUUCUCUCUGAAGGCCAGGAGGGAAACAGGUCUGUCUACCAGCACCUUUUUUUUCAAAAUAUCAAUGGACACCAGCAACUCUGCAAAAUCAGGUCUGUUUCCAACAUUGCAUCUCUGAGUUUAACACCUGCAUAUUGUUUGAUCUUAAUUUACUUACCCCCAGUGGGGGUUACAAUUCAUUGCUUUGAUAACAUAUGUAUAAGACAUCAGCACAAGAGCAGGGAGUAGAGUUGGGCAACAUUAAAAAAUAAAGAGCUACAUUUGUCAUGCUCAAAUUGGGCACUGGAGUAUAUUUCAAUAAACACACCAGGACGUUUUAGCUGGGUGGGAUUUUAAGUGCAUAUACGACUGGCAAUAAAAAUGGUCCAGCUGAUAUGAAGUUACUGAAACUGCUGACCGGUAUCUCUCUAUCUCUGUGAAGACUAUUAAUGCCUUGUAAACAGCCAACACUGAAAACACUGUGAACAUUUUGUUUUCAGGUCUCUUAACACCUCUGGGUUAUUAUUAUUAUUAUUUUUAAUAACAAGAAAUCAGUACACUUUUUUAGAGGAAAACAAAUAAUUUUAGCUGUGUUUUAGGGAGUCAGUUCUUCAAGCUCCUUUUUUCUUUUCUACAAUAAACGAGAAAACUGGUGACUUUUUUUUUUUUUUUGCUUAAAAAAAAACCUAAAAAAAUACACAAAAAAGUGCAACACAGGAAGUGUUUAGGAGUCAUUGCCAAA